AUGACUUUCGUUUUGGAGGUGACUUCAAAUCUAGUAACUGCCCCGACCUCAGGUACCAAACCAGUGAUCUUUGCUUCUACAAAUUUCCCAAAUGAGAACCAUUGGUAUGUGGCGGCCACCUCUGAUGAACCUCUAACAUCGUUGACCCAGACUUGGGAAAUUGACGGAGGAUGCUAUGGAGAAGCUGGUCGCAUCUACAUUGUCGCUUGUCUUCCAAGAGAGGGUGUCGAGUUCACCCAGGGCCAACAAAUGCGUGGACCUCCUUUCGAUGGAUACUGUCUUGCCCUUGGAAGUUAUUGUGGUGGAACUUGCUCCUCCUUGGUCAAGACACCACCUUACUGCCUAAGCAACAACGUGAUCAACAACACCCUCUUGCUCUCGUCAAACAGUAUCCCCUGCUCCAACUCUGAAGACUCUGAAUCUUCAUGCACUGAUGUAGUCCAGGAUUCAAACACGUUGUCCAGUGGCGCCGCCUCCAUUACUUUCUUAUACCUAUCCUUUAUGAGUUUAAUCUCUUUCAUGGUCCAACAUUUCUCGCCAUUUGGAGCAGCCCUUCAAAGGUUCAUGGCUCUCUGGCACCCCAAUGUGACGGAAGAAGUCAUUCCUUUGAAUCGACCUCCAUUACCGAAGUGGAAAGGAAGGAAGAGACUUUGCAAUUAUGCUGCAGUGUCAGUGUUGUGCUCUGAAGGACCAUUCCACUUCUUCCGGAACAUCUUUGGAGUGGCACAUUCCUUCUCUGUGGUAGGGAUGCUCAACUUCCAAGGCUUUGUCAGACAGUUCUAUCAUCUCAUGAGCAAUCCUCGUUUGGACACCCGCAGCCUCUGGAAAUUACUUUGCAAUGUCCCAUUCAGUCCAACUGAUAAAGAAAUGGAAGACAUUCUUCCUUCAAACAUCAAUGAUACCAUCGGCAACCUCAUCGAUCAAUGGAACGUCAAAAAUCCUCCAAAUAACAAUUUCAACGUCAAUGGAGCAGAUGAUAAUGGAUACAACUUUUUCGAAGUGGAUACUAUUACAAACUCUACUCUAUGGAAGAACGCGGCUGGUCUCCAUGCAGUUGCCCAACACCAUAAACAACUAUCGAAUGCCUACUUGGCCAUCUUUGACGCCCGUCAUAUGGUAGGUCCAAAGUUCUGGAGAGCCACAGUUCCAGAGUUUGGAAAAAAACAUUCCUCUACCCUUCGAUUUGUUCAAGUUAUGCAGUACUUUCCAAUGGUCAAUGCCGAGAGUGACACUUUCGAUCGAAACAACUUCAACAACUACCUCUACAUGAAUCCAAUGAGAGACCAAAUUGGAACAGUCACAAGCUGUGGUACCAAUGCCUUAUGGCGCCUCGAUGGAGACUUUGAGCUCAAGAAACUAACUUUCAUUGAGGAUACCGAGUCAAGCCAUUGGUUCCCAAAAGAAUGGUGA